CCACCACCACCGCCGCCACCCCAUUCAUUCGGCAAUGGCGUUCGUGUCCGCUCUCAGGCGCACCUCAUCUUCUCUUCUCCGCAAGUCACUUUCUCUCUCUUCAUAUCCUCUUUCUUCUUCUUCUUCUUCUUCAACCUCAUUCUUCAGAAUCUCUUCUCGCCACCGCUUCUUCAUUGCGCUCCUCAACCAACUAGUCCCCGACUCCGCCAGACCACCCCUCCGGUUCUGCACCACCACCGCUUCUCCGCCGAGCCGGGACGACCCGAUAUGGGGCAACCCGACGGAGGAGGUGGACGAGACGAUCACCAUCGACGGCUGCGACUUCGAGCACUGGCUCGUCAUCAUGCGAUUCCCCGAGGAUCCCAAGCCCUCCGAAGACGAAAUGGUCGACACUUACAUCAAGACCCUCGCCGCUGUUGUGGGAAGCGAGGAGGAGGCGAAGAAGAAGAUAUACUCGGUCUCCACCACCACCUUUACUGGUUUUGGUGCUUUGGUUUCCCGGGAUCUUUCCCAGAAUCUUAAAGGAUUACCCGGUGUUCUUUGGGUUUUGCCGGAUUCAUAUCUUGACGUUCCUAACAAAGACUAUGGAGGCGAUUUACUUGUCGAUGGGAAAGUUGUACCUAGACCAGAAUAUAGGUUCGGCGAGCAAGAACUAGGAGAUACAGUGGAAUAUAGUAUUAAGGACUUGGAGGAGAGUGAAGAAUGUGAGGAGAACAAAAAGGGGACUGAAGAGUUGGAAGGGUCUUUCAUUGAAAGGCUAAGAGAAAGAAUAAAGAAUGUGGAGGAAAGCAGUCUGGAGGACUCGGAGGGGCCAGCAGGAGUGACUAAAGGACGGCCAACUAAGAAUGUAGAAAUAUUGACAGAAGGCGUAAAUGUAGCCUUGGAGGGGCGACCCCCAAUGUUUGAUACGCUGAAAGAAACAAUGAAGACUAUGGAGCGAGGGCCUUCACACGAGAACUUGGAGGCGACUGCAGCACCGUUUGAUAGGCUAAGAGAAAAAUUAUUGAUAGAGCCGGCGCAACAGUGCAAAAGCAAAGAAUUGGAGAGGCGCCACCCAAUGUUUGAUAUGCUGAAAGAAACAAUGAAGACUAUGGAGCGAGAGCCUUCGCACGAGAACUUGGAGGAGACUGCAGACGAGGAGGAGAGCGCCGCACCGUUUGAUAGGCUAAGAGAAAAAAUCUUGACAGAGCCGGCGCAACAGAGCAAGAGCAAAGAAUUGGAGGGGCGUGUGGAGGAAAGUGAAGAUAUGGACAAGACUGCUGCACUGUUUGGUAGGCUGAGAGAGAAAAUGAAGAAUAGAAAGAUAGAGCCAGUGGGAAGCAGCGGCGAACACUAUGAUUCGCCAGAUAUAUGGUCUGACGAAUACUACGAGAAAGCUGAGGAACCUCAGAAGAAGCUGACAAAAGAACAGCUGGAUGCGCUAACAGUACAAAUGCAGGAGUUCGAGAGAGAAGUAUUGCAACGCAAGGAUGAAAACAAGGAUGGGUAAUGCGGAUGGGACCGAAGCUCGAAGAUUCAUGUCCAAAUAUUAAGAAAAACUGCAGGCUAAGGAGAACUAAAGACUUGGAUGGAGGCGCCUGUGGAGCAGCCAACAUCAGCUAGAUGCCCCAGAUGCGGCUCAGGUUGGCCCUGCAAUAUUUCUGUCUCCUUGAAUUAACUAAAAAAAUAAGGAGCAUGUCUGAGAUUUCAAAACUUCUAAAUUUUUAUCUGGAAAUCUUAGCAUUUAGUAUCUUUAAUCUUGAUUGUAUUUCUUAUAUGAUGAUUUAGGGGGCUCUAUAUAUUUUUAUCGUAAUCCUUGUCAUAAUGAACUUAUGGACGCUAUUUACGUUCUCGUAAGUGGCACGGGUGAAUAUUUUGAUUUUCUGGGAAGUUAAAUUUAAUACA